GCUGAUCCCUCGAGAAGUUGUGCCGAUUGCUGCAGCGCGAACAUACGACUUGGCCAUCGUGUAACGUUUUUUUGUGUUGUGUUGUGUGUUGCUGUAGUGCCCUUCAUCACUGCUCACAGCAGGUGUGACGACAAUCAAAACUGCCGCACUCUUCACCCAAGAACCUUGCGGUCUUUUUUUUUUUUUUCUACUGCCUUGUUUUAUCCAACCCUUUUCAACAACAAACGCCUCUCUCGCUCUCUUGGGGUCGAUUUUUCAAGGACCAGAUAAAUUUCAUUUGACCACAGGUGCUUCCACACUCACCAUCAGUCAUCAUCAGCUUGGACGGUGGUCGUUGCAUAAGUGCACUGCGAUCGACACUGGCCCUCGUCGGUACGCUGGCGACUUAGCCCUUCGGUUUUCAGCUUACUCCGGUCUGUCCGGGAACUUUUGUUCAGCUACCUCACAUUGUCUACCAUCGAGGUGCUAUCUAUCCACCACUGUUUGAUACACGAUCCUGUCGAUUGGAACCACUCCUUUCAUUCAUCGAGCGGCAACAAUAACGAACAAGAGACAUCACAAAAAUCGCCACCAUGGUUCUCACCCACACAACCAACCACACAUACUCCCACCCGUUUCCAACUGUAACCCUUGCCUUCUUCCUCCGCUACUGCUCGCCGCAGAUCAACCCUUUUGCGGCCCAUGUACUCAGUACCGAUACAAUCUCGAGCCACGUGGAUGCCGAUGGCAGACUACACACAACUCGCAUCCACUUGAAAAAGUCACGUCUGCCUGGGGCCGUCUUCAAGUUGCUUCCAACGAGUAUUACCGGCGGCGGGUCAAACAACAAGGCAUCAUAUGUGCUCGAAACGAGCAUCGUAGACAUACGAGAAGGUUGGAUGAAGACUGAGAGUCGAAAUCUCAACUUUGUCGGAGUUUUAUCUGUCGUGGAGAAGCAGACAUACACCACACCGACCGAGGCAAACAACAAUGCUACUACCACCAACGUCGAAACAAAUGUUGUCUUUCGGUCUAGGCUUGGGGAGAAGCUUAGGGAGAAGAUCGGACAGUCACAGCAGCAGCAAGAGCCUCGAGAGGGCUGGUUCUCGCGUCUUGGGACCAAGGGCAUCCAGCGGAGUAUCGAGAACAUGGCGUCUACCAAGACCCUGGAUCAGCUUGGCAAGAGUCGCGAGGGUAUGCUGGUGGUGCUCGAGAGGUUGCGUAAUACCGGCCUCGUCAACAUAAUGGAGCUUACCAGAAGAGCCAAGGAAGCGCAGUCCGGCACAGUCUGAACGUCAAUUCAAGCCGCCCUGAGACUUUAUCACAUAUCAACUCGAAAUACCCUUUAUACCCAAACAUAGGCCCAUCUGGGGCUUUGUUUCAUUAUCUCAACUUUCCCUUUGCGGGCUACAUCUUGCGCCAGACGGCCGGUGAGCCGACUGGGUAAAGAACACUCCUUGAUCACACAAUCCUUGUAUACAAUGUACUUUCAACCAUCAGUCUCUAUCUUUUACUCGCUUUCAGCAAGGCGUUAUGGUUUCGAACGCGGAAGGAGUGUCUGGAAUAUACGGCAGCGUUCGAAGGGAUGCAGGUCGGCGGAGGAGAUGAAAAUGGAGAUGACGGCAUACCUUGCAGAAAAGAAUCCGAGGACAAGUGUCUGGUUGCCUCAUCAAGUUGCUCAGGCUCUAUGGCCAACAUUGCAACGGUAGCCCGAUGCUACCUAUUUUCACAGUCUCCUCUCACAAAAGUAACGAAUGACAUGGAAUUUCAAGCUUGAUGUACUAUUAUCUUUGGAAAAACAAAAUCAAGGCUUUCGCAUCUAUCUACAUGUCAUUCCAUGUUACCAUGACAUGAAAACUGAUGACUAGGCGGUACGCAUGGCCCAGGGUACCGCAGGUGGUACAAUCGAAAUAAACGGCAGCCAGCGUACUACUCUUAAGGGUUCAGCAAAGUAAGCACAAUUUCCCCACCCUCGUGCCCGCUGAUCUGAUAAUACCCAUAAAGGCAUGGUUACUUGUUUCAAGCUCUCAUCUUAUAUACGCUGGAGCGAUCCAGGACUUCUGAAGAUGUGUAUAUGGUUGACGCUCAGGUUUCACUAGUCACCUUCCCAUGCGCAUCUGUCUAGUGUGGAUUGCAGAAUAAUCUAAAAUGCUCUUUUUUUUAAAAAAAAAAAAAAAAAUUUAAUUUCAAAAGUCUUUCUAAAAUGCAUUAAUACUAUAAAUUGCAACGCAGUCCUCAAAGCAUCCUGCGAGGCCCGCCUAAAUCUGGCACCCUACGAAACUAAGGCAAAGCCCAAGGGGACUAAUAUGGCCAGAGGUAAAAGUGUGCUGGGCGAGGAUAGCCGGGGAGACUCGGACUUGGGGCUACCCCUUCCAGACCCUCCCCCUACUGGAGAGUUUGCCGUGGCCGGCGGCCCGCCGAGCUCCGAGGGCUUGGGCUGGGUAUAGUUCAUCUGGGUGGUGAAGGGCUGGGUGGAGGACAGGUUGGCGACGCGGCCGAGCAGGACCUCGACGUGACGGAAGGCGGCAGCGGGCUGGUACUGGGGCACCAUGUGGCCGCUCAUCUCGACGCCGACGUACGUCAGGCCCCUCUCGGUGUGGGUGAAGCCCAUGACGCCGCUCCCGGUCAGGGUGCCGAGCCCCUGCUUGGACUUGAAGUCCCUGCGGUGGCGGGGCACGAAGAAGGGCGCCGAGGGCCGGGACUGGAACCCGAGCUUGCCACCCCAAGUCAUGUUCUGUAUGGACAGCAGCGUGCCGUUGGCGAUGAGCACCAUGUCGAGGGCGCCGUGGCCGAUGAUGACGUUUUGGGUGUGGUCGAUGACGUUGGGCAGGGCCGCGCGCGACGACGGCGGCGAGCGGUCCGUCCCGUUCUUGAAGAUGCCGUCCUUGCACACCUCCCAGUUGACGUUCUCCGGGGCGUGGAUGGCGCGCUUGACGUCGGUGCGGUUGAAGUAGAUGGUUGCGCCUUCGGGGACGUCUGGGGCAAGCUUUAUGUUAGUGACGAUCCCAGGGGAUCAAGGUUUGCUAUGGGUCACAUGGGCCACAAUUUAUGUGACUUACAGUCCAAAGAGGUUGGGACUAAAGAAAACGCAAGAAAGCAGAGCGAGUUAGAGCUCAAGAACGAUACAAAAGGAGCGAACAAGAUGCUUUGGAAGAAAGUCAUGCACAGCACACGGAGGGGAGAGAUGGUACUUACAGCCCAACACAUCCCAGAGGAGGGGACACGACUGAGUGAUCUCGUAGAUGUUGAAGCAGGGGUUGAUUUCGAAAGCGGCCUUGUAGACAUCAUCAAAGAUGUUUACACACUUCUCAUCCUUCUCGACCGGCGACACCGAUGAGAGGGGACCUUUGGGCGGAUAGCUCAGCCCAUUGGUCAUAAACUCUGUCAGGCCGCACUUGGCAUCCCUCGCCUGCAGGUCCGCCCGGAAGGUCUCGUUGAACGGGAACAGGCCCGGCCAGGCGUUGAUGAGACCCAUGACGGGCACCUCCUCCUGCAUCGAGUCCUCGCCGAUGACGGGGUCGUAGAUCAGCAUGCCCGUCAUGUUGAAGUACUGCGUGUCGUUGGCUUUGAUCAUGGCAUCGGCGAUGUAGGGGCAGUACGCGCCCGCGUAGGACUCGCCGGUGAUGUAGACCUUGUAGCCCUGGAGCGCAAAAGUGUCGACAAAGUUGCGCCAGAAGCCGAGGAACUGGCGGGCAACAUCCUCUUCGUUGGUGGCGUUGGGCUUGCCGGUGGCGAAGCCUGUGCCGACGGGCUGCUCUAUCCAGACCACGUUGGUGAGCUCCGUCCAUGAGAAUGGAUUCUUGACCGGGCGGAAAGUGCCGGAUUGCCACAAGAAAGGGCCGUUUUCUUGCAUCAGACCUGCCAUGGAUGAACAUCCGGGCUAGAUUUGGUUGAAAGAGAGCGUGUGGUUAGAAGUCAAUGAACACAAAGUAUAAGCACAAAACCGAAAAAAAAAGAAAGAGAGAAAGGGAAUAUCUCCAGUACCCCUCCGUUUAACCAUAUCAUAAUUUCCUUCUUUGCCAAUGGAUUCUGGCUCGGGAAGAACCAAAAGAACAUCUUGUUCUCAUCGGUGCUGUUGUUGCUGAUGGGCAGUUGUCCGGCAUAGGAUUCGCCCACAUCGAACUUGACUUCGGGUAUGCCGUUUCCGUCCACAGAAAACUCUUUUGGUUGUUGCUUGUCAGAUUGAAGUACUUGUUUUUAGAAUAUACCACUUCCUCCAACAAUGGCUCGUCUUACUUCUUGUCUUAUCCGUCAGGAAGAGAGGCUGGGCUCUGCGCACCACAGCAUGCGUCUCUGUGGCUGUUGUAUUCACAUCCUCUGUCGAGUCUAUUGACACUUCGUAUUUCUGUAAUGGAGCUGAUUGUAUCCAGACUGGAUCCCUUUUGCCGACAUGCUGCAAGCUGCGGAGGCCGGUGGCUUCCCCCAGCAGGAGAAGAAGCCAAGCUGAUGCUGAUAACUGAAAGUGCAUCUUAUUGUCUUGGUUGCCAACUAGAACUAGUUAUCAAGGCAGCAGUGAUAAUCCAGACACUCCUAUGCUUGUCUCGACGACUUAUGAUGAUAACCCAACAUCUAAAGCUCCACGGUUGCCCAAAGUCUAAAGGGGGCCAGCUCCGUACAUAUAUCAGAGAUCUGUUAACCGAUUCAGAUAUGCCGGUUGGCAAAAAGGUUACUCAAAACGGGAAAACCAACAAAUUCCAUUUUCUGUACCCUGUCCACCUUGCAGCACAUUGCAUAUGGCGUGCGCACACCCACACUCUGGAACAAAAGAGAGAAAGAAACAUGGGAUGAGCAGGCGCAUUCGUGUGAGGUGAGAACUGUACAGUACCACAUAGCAGGUGAAAGCUCAUCCGUGCAAGAAGUUUUUAUCUGUAGAUUACCCGUGGCGGGCAAGGAUGAUGGUACUCACCUCAAAUGUAUAGCCCUGAAUCGUCUCAGCAAGAGAUCGGGGUUUGCUCCUUUUUUUUUUUUUUUUUUUUGU